AUGACAGUCGCAAUCCCGACUCCUGCAGACGGCGAGGUCCUUAAUGGCCCUCAUACAAACGGCAAUGCCCAUUCCAACGGAGUAAAUGGAGUGCACAAACCAAAGCCCACCAAUGGAGCAAACACGCUGAAUGGAAACGCACAUUCAAACGGUGCCUCUUUUGCGAAUCCCUUCACCAUCCCCAUGAGCAGCGACUACGCCUACACCCCCCGCAAACUGCGCGUUGUGACGAUUGGCGCCGGAUUCUCUGGCCUCCUGAUGGCGCACAAGAUGCAACAUCGCUUCCCCGAGCUACAGGAGUACGUCGAGCAUACGAUCUUCGAGGCGCGAAAUGAUGUGGGUGGAACAUGGUUGAUCAAUACCUACCCUGGCGUGCAGUGCGAUGUGCCUGCGCAUAUCUACGCGUUUCCGUUUGAUCCGAAUCCAGAGUGGAGCAAGUUCUACGCAAGUGGUCAGGAAAUUCAGGAUUACAUCAAGCGGACGGUGAAGAAGUGGAACCUGGAUCGCGAUAUUCAACUGAACACCAAAGUCGCAGGGGCGUGGUGGCAGGAAGACGAGGGUCGAUGGAGGCUAACCGUGGAGCAUGAAGGAAUACAGAGGGAUGAAUACUGCGACAUUCUUAUAUCUGCUCAAGGUGUUCUUGUUCAUGCUGCGUGGCCGGACAUUCCCGGCUUGAAUGAGUUCAAAGGCAAGAUCUCGCAUUCCGCCCACUGGGACCACGACUAUGACUAUACCAACAAGCGCAUCGCGGUUAUUGGAAACGGCUCCUCCGGAAUCCAGAUUACUCCGGCAAUGGCCAAACUGCCAGGGACAGAAGUCGUCAAUUUCAUGCGCAGUCCGGCCUGGGUGUACUAUCGGGUGCCACCAUCUAAGCACCAUGGCAACGACGAUGACAAUCCCAAUCCGGACUAUAGCGAGGAGCAGAAGGAGGUUUUUCGCGAUCCAGAAGAGCAUCGGAAAUACCGCAAGGGAAUCAUUGCGCGAACGAACAAGAACUUUCGUCUGGUACGUCCCUCUCUGAUGCCAAAUAAUAACAAAGCAGCCAUGCGUUUUGGCGCCAACCAAAUGGCAGAAAAGCUGAACCAUGACGCCGAACUAUGCGAGAAGCUCAUCCCCAACUGGGAAGUGGGCUGUCGACGCAUAACCCCCGGACCAGGAUAUCUGGAGGCGUUCUCCAGGCCAAACUGCCAUCUGUCCGACAGUCGAAUCACGCAUAUCAGUGAGUAUGCAGUACACACUGCGGAUGGCAAGUCGUUUGAGUGCGAUGUUGCAGUCAUUUGUGCCACUGGAUUUGACGUCUCGCAUUGUCCGCGGUAUCCAAUCGUCGGGCAGAAUUCAGUAGAGCUGUCUGACAAAUGGGCUGACGAGCCUGAAUCGUAUCUAUCCGUGGCGACUGCUGGAUUCCCUAAUUACUUCAUCAUGAUGGGUCCAAACUGCCUGGGCGGUCACGGCUCUCUCAUUGAGUCACUCAAUUGGACUGGCGACUACUUUGUGAAAUGGAUCAAGAAGAUAGCCACUGAAGAGAUCAAGUCUGUGGUACCAAAACGGUCCAGCGAGGAAGCGUUCGUACGUUAUGGCGACGAAAUACACAAGACGCUGGUCUGGACGGGAGGCUGUAAGAGCUGGUAUAAACGGAAUCGAGUCGAUGGGCGAGUAACGGCGUUGUUCGGAGGAAGUGCAGUUUUGUUCAAUCGCAUGCUGCAGGAUAUUCGUGCAGAGGACUUCGAGAUUGAGUAUCAAAGUUCCAAUCCGUUCCGGUUCAUGGGGAAUGGGUUCACAGCUUGGGAGAUGGACGAGAGAAAUGAUCUGUCUUGGUAUGUGGAAUUGCCUGAGGAGGCUCACUCAUGA